AUGGACUGGUACGAUCCCGGUGAAGACACAUACACGCUAAUGGAUGUAAUCGAGAAGGAAGAAUUGGAGAUGAGGGUUGUCUUGGACCUAGGAACAUCCACAGGCGUGCUAACAGAUCUUUUGAAGAGAAGGAACACUGUUGUGUCGACCGACCUUAAUAUCAAGGCUCUUCAAAACCACAGCGGAGGAAAUCUGGUGAGGGCCGAUCUAUUAGACAGCAUCAACCAACAGUCUUUGGAUGUUAUUGUGUUCAAUCCGCCAUAUGUACCCGACACGGACGACCCUAUUAUAGGCGGAGGGUAUCUGGGAAGAAGGAUCAUCGACAGAUUUGUUAGCCUUGUCAGUGUCAGGGUUGUGUAUCUCCUUGUGAUAGAAGCGAACAGGCCAAAGGAGGUAAUUUUGUUACUUAAUGGGAGAGGAUACAGAACCAAGAUCCUUAACGUGAGGAAAAUUCUUGGAGAAACAAUUUAUAUCAUCAAGGGCGAAAAGGAAUAG